UUUGUCACCUUGAACAAAAAUAUAAGUGAACAAAUUCUCACCACCUGUUUUGCACAGACACAUUGAAAAGUGUACUCAACGUGUGCCACCCUGCGGCAAAGAUGGUUGUAGAAAGACGCAUGAGUUAAAAUACAAUAAAUUCACCAUAUUGUUAAUGUUAUCGCAUGGUGUGUGCUUUACUCGUGUCAUUUUAUUACCACGCGGUAAACAGUUGCCUACAGUAAAAUUAAAGUGAACGAGAACUAUUUGUUCAUGAAAUCACUGUUGGUAAUACAUUUAUUAUCUAGAGGGAGCAGAUUAUAAUAAAGAUUAAGCAUGUAGCUCUAGGGAGGGCAAAUACUACGACAUCUUCAAGUGCACCAAUCGCAAAUUCUUCAAACCAUAAACACUUACCUUCCGGUUCUGCUUUCAAUAUGAGUCUCGUCAGUCUGGAUGAAAGCAGAAGAGAGGGAUAAAGUGUUGCGUAUAAGUGGACGAAUGAAGCAAUCUAAUGCGAAGGAAUUUCUUUCUGAACCUGGACCUUUUUAACAAUGUACGCUUGGCGGUGUUUCCUCGCCGUUGUAUUUGUACUGGUUUGGUACUUCUCAGAGUUUGGACAAAUAUGGACGCAAGCCUUUUUUUGUUUUUUAUGCUUUUUAAAUUUCCCUUUCAAAAAGCAAGACCGUGAAACAAGCACUCAGACGGAUGCUACACAUGACGAAACAGAACAACAGAAAAAGGAAGCUCACCGUGUUGGUGUCGUUGAUGAGACUGAUGCAACCAGAGCGGUGUCUGUGACAAAGGAAUACACAAAUGUACACAGGUCGCUCCUCCAGGUGUUUAAAUGUGCCUAUGUUCACCUGGUCCAGCCGUGGUACACGGUUCCAGAACUUGGCGACAGUCAGCCCCUUCAUAGGGCACUACUGGAGGAGUUUAACCUUGUUGUCGAGAAAGUAAUUUGCAAAGCAAAGAACUUUGAUUUAUCUGUUACCAGUGUGGGUUGCAUUAGGAUCUUCACUCAGCACCUGCAUAAUGCAAAGCAGUCAGAUGGUUCUCCAGCGUUCAGUUCAAGGUCUGAGGAAAUGGCAGUCCUCAGAACCUUCUCUCAAGCUCUGGUGCGAAACCUUUUUCCUGAGUACCUCUGGGAAGCAAAACUCUACCAGUGUGUCUUGACUGAGAUCGUUGCUACAAAAGCUCUUGAUGUGCUUGUGACAUCCCUCUGUAAUCCAGACAACCUGAAUCAGAUGGUGGUUUUGCAGCUGGGUAGAGUAACCUCUAAAAGUUCAACAGAAAACCUGCUACACUCAGAUAGGGAAGGCACACCGUCUUCCAUGGGAAGUGAAGAAGCAGAAGUAUUGACAGAUGAAGCAGAGGACAGUCGGUCUGAAGACACAAAAGAAAAAAAGAAGGGCAGUAGGAUCAAAGAACGAUUUUCUAAAUUUGUUGAUAAGGUCAAGUCAAAGAAAGCCAAAAAGAAACAACAUAAAAAGAAGAAGGAGCAAGAGCUUUUACAGAAGGCUUUAGCUUCACGAAGAUCUGCUGUUAUUGAAGACGAUGAUGCAAGCAGCAGAGAGGGCUCCAUGAGAAGCGCCUUUGACUCGGAUUGUGACAGUGAAUCGGAUGUUUACCUAACAACAUGCGUCCAAGAGGAUAUGAUGGAGUUUAGGCUUUCCUAUGAGAUGUGGCGGGUGGGCAAGUGGGCAGUCCGUGUUACAAAUGUUCAGAAGGAAAACGAAGAGCUGAGUUUCACGGUUCACCUGGAGGAGAGAAAUAACCCUGAGAAUCUCAAUUGGGAUGUGAAAAGGACCCAGUCAGAAAUACUUAAUUUUCACAGCCUCUGGCAGGUGAGAAAUGAAAUGGAUACUUCCACUUUACCCUCUGUAUCUGCAAUAGUAGAGAAAACAAAGAAGGAUCUUGAUGAUGCUGGUGCAGAAGAAGUUAGAUCAGCCUUGGAGCACUUUUUACAAGAGCUGGUUUCUGAUGCACAGCUUUGUCACACUCAGCCUGUAUUCCAGUUCUUGUGUCCCAUUGCACAGCUGCUGAGUGAUAAGGAACAUGAGGGAGGCGUCUGGAGUUUUCUGAAUGGACUAGCAAGUUUCCUCACUCCUGGCCAAGAUGAGGAUGGGUCCCAUAACCUGAGAGGAGAUGAUAAACUUGAUGAAUCAGGAGUCUCAUUACAUCACAGUGGACCAAUAAUACAGCCAGCCUGCAUCGACAUGGAUGAAGAGCCAAAGGGGGGUGCUGUAGAAGUGCCAAUGGCUACAAACGCUCGGUUUACGAUCGGUAAACCUCGUGAAGAGACUGACACUUUCAGACGUAAAGAACCAGAUAUGGAAGUUCAAAACUCUGAUGAACAGGAUGUGAUUUCAGAUGGACAGGAGAGUCUUGCUGAGAGUUUAGAUAUCUUUGUUAACAGGUCAAAACUAGUCAGUCCUUCAGGACAUUCCAAUGAUAUCUCAAGCUCAGCUGUGAACCACACUGAGGGCAUACAGUCUGACUCAGUCGAAGGCUGUAGAAAUACUCAGUCUGUGGGCAAAACAAACAAGAAAGAAAAGUUAGCCCAAAAAAAGUCAAAUGGAUCACAACAGCUGAAAGUAAAAGAGAAAACAGGACAACUCAAGGAAGAAAUGACUAAUCAGCCUCAGGCUCAGAAAAAGGAACCCCAGAACAACUGGGAGCAAGUUGAGGCCACCAAAGCUGUAUUUGAGUUACUUAAGGAAAUAACUGGUAACUCAGUCCUCGUUAACAUUGUUGAUGCCAUUCUAAAACCAGUCCAGCCUUUGUUAAAAAAGAAAAUAAACAACUUUUUAAAAAGGAUGCAUCCCACCGAAGCUCAGAUUGCAUCCUACAUUGACAAUUUCCGGGAGAAGAUAUGGCCAGAUGGAAACGCUCCCAUCCAGCCGCCAAGUGACAGUGAGGACAAACACGAGACCAAGGAUAAGGCUUUGCAGCUUAUUAGUUCAAAAUAUUCAAACUUGCUAAUCCUCAAGAAGACUGAAGUCGAAACUAUCUUCAAGAUCUUCCAGGACACAGAGGAAAACAAGAAACUGGUUUAUAUGCUGCUGUCAUACAUUCUAGGCCAGUUCCUACCUGGAGAGCCUGCCUUCAGUGCAAUACCUAAUCUAACUGUGAAGGAUUUUGUUUCAUAAUAGAAAGAAGAUCUUUUUUUAUUGCAACUUGUCUAAUGUUUUUAAAUGUGCAUUAUUUAACAUUUUAAGUUAAUAUUCUUCAAGAAUGCAUUGUGAUAUACCUCAGAGAGCUCAGCCUUUCACUUUCACUUUGACCAACAUGAACACUCAAGAUUUAUUGAUGUUUUAUUAAACAAAAAUGCUAACCUAAAUUAAAUGUAGCAUUUAAACAAAUGGACUGUGAUUGUGUUUCACAAUGCCACAAUAUCAUGGGUGUACAUUUUUAACUAAUAUUUUAAAAAAUGAUCACUGUAUAUGUAAGUUAACUUUGUUUUUGUACCUUAAAAUUAUACACUGUGAAUAACUGAUUUUCUGUUUUAAUAAACAGCACAGGUUACUCAGGACAAAACAGAAAAGUCAUUGUGAUACUGAUCAUUUUACAACAAGACGUAAUCAAUACAGGGUCUGUGAGGAAUGUAUUUGAAUAAUAAUGACAAUAAAUAUAUUUUA